GCGUUUUAUCUAGCACAACACUUUUCAAACACAGUUGUGAUCAAUCCUCUGGGAUUUUCCCAAGUCAUUGAGUGGUUCUUUGCCACUCUUUGCCAUCCUAAACCUGAAAUGUAGACGAAUUUUCGCUGCUAUCUGUAUCCCUUCUGCAUGAUUCGUUAACUUUGUUUUCGGAGUUUUCUAAUUGUAUCAUUUUCUUUUUGAGCAGAAAAUCAUGAAGCUUCAGGUCUCCAUUUGCACGCUUAUCUUCCUUAUCCUUAUUCCGCCUUUCCCUUCAUUGCUUUUUUCUUACCUGAACUCGGAUAGACAAGCCCUCCUCAACUUUGCUGCCACCGUUGUCCACAUCCGAAAACUCAACUGGAAUGCUUCCACACCAGUUUGCACGUCUUGGGUUGGAAUCACUUGCAAUCUGAACAAAACGAGCGUGACUGCCAUCCAUCUUCCGGGGAUUGGACUUUUCGGUUCCAUCCCUUCCAACAGUAUAGGGAAGCUUCAUGCUCUUCGAGUCCUCAGCCUCCGCUCCAACUUCCUCUAUGGAAGUCUGCCUUCUGAUAUCCCAUCCAUUCCUUCCUUGGAGUACCUUUACCUCCAACACAAUAAUUUCUCCGGCGUGCUUCCUGCCUCUCUGCCUCCCAACCUCGUUGUCUUCGACUUCUCCUUCAACUCCUUUUCCGGAAGCAUUCCAACAGAAGUCCAGAACCUUACACGCCUCACUACGCUGCACCCAAACAAUUUCAUCACUGGAGACAUCCCCAAUCUGAACCUCCCCGCACUUAAGUUUUUGAAUUUGAGCUACAACAACUUGAAUGGCUCGGUUCCAUAUUCCCUCGAAAAAUAUUCGAACUCUUCAUUUGUUGAGAAUCCUCAGAUGAUGGAGUGCAAGGGUGAGAUGCCUAAGGAUUUAGGGGGUGGAGUGCAAGAGGCUGAGAAGAACAAGCUGUUCUUCUUUGAAGGUUGCUAUUACAAUUUUGAUCUUGAGGAUCUGCCUAGAGCGUCAGCUGAAGUUCUCGGCAAAGGAAGUUUCGGAACAACUUACAAAGCUGUAUUGGAUGAGGAAACAACGGUUGUAGUGAAGCGGUUGGAGGAAGUUGUGGUGGGGAAGAGGGAGUUUGAGCAGCAUAUGGAGGUGGUGGAGAGGGUAGGGAAGCACCCGAAUGUCCUGACUCCUCGCGCUUAUUAUUUCUCCAAAGAUGAGAAGCUUUUGGUGUACAACUACGUGCCAACAGGAAGCUUGUUUGCACCCUUGCAUGGAAGCAGUGAUGCUGGGAGGUCUCCACUAGACCGGGAUUCAAGAGUAAAGAUUUCGCUCGGGAUUGCCAAGGGACUUGCCCACAUUCAUUCCGAGGGUGCAAAAUCUAGCCAUGACAAUAUAAAGUCCACAAACGUCCUCCUCACCCAAGAACUCGAGGCUUGCAUCUCGGACGUAGGGUUGAGUCCUCUAAUGAACUUCCCUCCAGCCAUGUCACGGGCCAUGGGAUAUCGCGCUCCAGAGGCAAUUGACAUGCGGAAAAUCACUCACAAAUCUGAUGUCUAUAGCUUUGGUGUGCUCCUCUUAGAAAUGCUGACAGGCAAAACCACGCUUCAAUAUCCGAGUUAUGAUUGCGUGGUUGACCUCCCGCGUUGGGUUAAGUCUGUUGUGCGUGAGGAGUGGACAGCUGAGGUUUUUGAUUUGGAACUUCUAAAACAGCAACACAGUGAAGAAGAGAUGGUGCAGAUGGUGCAGAUUGCUUUGGCAUGCGUAACAAAAUUGCCCGAAACACGCCCCAACAUGGAUGCAGUAGUCAGAAUGAUAGAGGAACUCCGCAUAAAAACUAGGCAAUCCUCCGAGUCUGAAUUUGAUGUGCAAACCCCAUAAAAAAAACUCUAGUACUCUUUUUUUUUUUUUUUUUUUUUUUUCAGUUUAAGCAUUGUCAUCUUGUUUUUGGAAUGCAAUUGGAAAUUUGGAAAUAAUGUUCAAUGCUAUUGUGUUUUCAGCA